ACCGUGAUUUACUUCCCACCGUGCGUAAUAUCGAUAGUGCGGGAAAGAGACUUGUUGCGGAAUAUUUAUUCACUCUUCAAAGAAGAUACCUGAAUCUCCUAUAUGUAUAGCCUCUGAAGGAUAGGAUCCCCCCCUUCUCCUUCUCCUCAGCCCUCUAAGCGUUCGGCUCGGGACCGGGUGGCAAUUCACAAUGCGAUUCUGGAGUGCCUUGGUCCCGUUCGCUCUACUUCCCAUUGUCGCUGCUAAUUUCCACCUUACCCUGAACUUUUGCAAGUGGGGCGGAUAUGGUCUGGGUGCACCGUUUUGGGGUAUAACCCCGGCAAACACAACCAGUUGCCAAACAGCAGUGGACUUAUACUUCGAGCACCCCAUCAAAUACGGCCCUGAACCGAGUGCUGCAGUUUGCGGUUCAAAUAUUACGAUUUUUAGUGAGGACAGGGAGUGGGCCGACUUGAACGGGGAGAGCGGACAGUGUUUUCAGAUCAAUGACGGCAAUGGGCAUUAUGCUUCGUGCUCAACUCACGGCUAUUAUUGCUUGAGCCUCGAUGUGCUCUGGUGCUUGUCGGACUGGUGCAAAGGACCUGGCGACCCCGGCAUGGAGUGACCAAU